CUCAAUCAUUCACCUUCUCUCUUCACUUCUAAACAUUUGACUUUCAUCCCCCGAGCAAUCAUGUCUCAAUCCCAGAACAUUGCCCCUCGUCUCGAAGCUUCUCUCAAUGUCGCCCCCACACCCCAGAACACACCACUAGACACUGCCGUAUUGGCUAACCGACCCGCCGUGGCAGGUAAGACCACCAUGGAGGAGAUCGGCGAAGGUGAAGGCGAUGAAGGUGUUGAGGAUGAAGAGGCAGGUAUGAACCCUGCUAGCUUUCUUGCUCAGAACCCCGCACUAUUGGCUCUCGCUCAAUCAAAAUUCGAGGCCCUCGUAGGCCGACCAUCGGGUUAUCUUGAAAGUCUCCCUCCGGCAGUAAGACGUCGUAUCGAUGGACUCGUUGGAGUGCAGCAAAAACAUUCCGUCAUUGAAGGAGAAUUUCAAAUGGCCAUUUUGGAUCUUGAAAAGAAGUUCCUCGAGAAAUUCAAACCUCUUUACGAACGCAGAGUAGAGAUUAUCACUGGGAAAGCCGAACCUACUGAUGAGGAAGUCGAAGCUGGCAAAAAGGCCGCGGAGGAGGAUGAGAGCGAAGAAGAGGAAGAAGGGGCCAAAGUUGAAGAGAUCAAAGAAGGCGGAGAGGAAUUGGUCGGUGUGCCAGAGUUUUGGCUCACGGCGCUCAAGAACCAUGCUCCCAUUGCGGAGACCAUUGCGGAUCAAGAUGAGGAGGUACUCAAACACCUCAUCGACAUCCAACUCACUUACCCCGAGGGCAAGCCGCCCGGUUUCCGCCUUCACUUCACCUUCGCUCCUAACGACUUUUUCGAGGAAAAGGAAUUGACAAAGACUUAUUACUACCAAGAACAAGUAGGCUACGGCGGAGACUUCGUUUACGAUAAAGCCAUCGGCCACCCUAUCGCAUGGAAAGAAGGCAAAGAUCUCACCAAAAAGAUUGAAAUCAGGAAACAACGUAACAAAGCUACCGGUCGUACUCGAGUUAUUCGCAAAUCCGUACCUACACAUUCAUUCUUCAACUUCUUCUCUCCUCCUCAACCUCCGAACGAAGAAACUUUGGAAGCUGAUGAUGUGGAUGAUGACGAGAUGGAAGAACUCAAUGCAAAGUUGGAGAUUGAUUAUCAGUUUGGAGAGGAUUUCAAAGAGAAGAUCAUCCCACGUGCUGUGGAUUACUUUACCGGUAAAGCGUUGCAGUAUGAAACGGACUUUGAAGAUGAGGAUGAUUUUGAUCUUGAUGAAGAAAUUGAUCUGGAGGAUGAUGAUGAUGAGUAAACGUUACCUCGGGUCAAGAGUGAGCAGUGGGGGUGAGAGGAGGGAACAUUGGUGGGCGUAGUGGGUCAUCUUAGGGAGCUCAGAGGUAGAUGGUGGGUGGGUGGUGAAUUUAUGUGUGGAGUAUUUGGAUUAGGUUUGAACAUGACGAUUAUUCUACUUGAACCAUUUUUGAGACACCCAAUUGUUCAUAGGAUCCCAUAAUCAUGCUUUGACCGAUCGAUAGAUAGGCUCAUUUGUGAUUGAUGUAUAUCAUCUCCGACGAGUGAUGG